AUGGAGCUGUUGCUGAUGGAGCUGUUGCUGCUGCAGAGCUGCUUGUCAUCUCCUCUGACUGUAUCAUGGUUUCUAGCGUCUCAUGUCCUGCUGUCAUGGCUGCUGGAGCUCUGUGCUGACAUGUCACUGGGGAUAAAUCAGUCUGAUCAAGCCUCCACCCCUCUACCCUCCACCCCCGGUUCCUCCACCCGUCCUCCUCUCUGCCACCUCCUCCACAGCUCCACCUCCACCUGCCUCUCAUCUAACCUCCUCUACAACGAAGCAGAGAGGCCUCCAGAGACGCUGCCCUCUAGCCUCCACCCUCUCCACCCUCCACCCCUCUACCCUCCACCCUCUCUACCCUCCACCCCUCUACCCUCCACCCCGGUUCCUCCACCCGUCCUCCUCUCUGCCACCUCCUCUACAGCUCCACCUCCACCUGACUCUCAUCUAACCUCCUCUACAACGAAUUCCUCCACCCGUCCUCCUCUCUGCCACCUCCUCCACAGCUCCACCUCCACCUGCUCCUCAUCUAACCUCCUCUACAGCGAAGCAGAGAGGCCUCCAGAGACGCUGCCCUCUAGCCUCCACCCUCUACCCUCCACCCCUCUACCCUCCACCCUCUCUACCCUCCACCCCGGUUCCUCCACCCGUCCUCCUCUCUGCCACCUCCUCCACAGCUCCACCUCCACCUGCUCCUCAUCUAACCUCCUCUACAACGAAGCAGAGAGGCCUCCAGAGACGCUGCCCUCUAGCCUCCACCCUCUACCCUCCACCCUCUACCCUCCACCCUCUCUACCCUCCACCCCCGGUUCCUCCACCCCCGGUUCCUCCACCCGUCCUCCUCUCUGCCACCUCCUCUACAGCUCCACCUCCACCUGCCUCUCAUCUAACCUCCUCUACAACGAAGCAGAGAGGCCUCCAGAGACGCCUCCACCCCUCUACCCUCCACCCCUCUACCCUCCACCCCUCUACCCUCCACCCCUGUUCCUCCACCCGUCCUCCUCUCUGCCACCUCCUCCACAGCCGCUGGAGGCUCAGAGCUCCGCCUCCACCUGCUCCUCAUCUAACCACCUCCACCUCCACCUCCACCUGCCUCUCAUCUAA